GGGAGCUAAUUUAGUCACUGAUUACACUAGUGCUGUCACUGAUUACCUAGGCUAGCACCCGACAGUGGAGGCUCGUAAAGCCAGUGACCACCUCUUGUUAUCGCCAGUUCGAAACGGCUUACCGUUUUUGAAGUAACUCUCGCGCAGGGCACUGGAGCCUCACCCUGUACGCUUGCUAUGUUAGUGUGUCUGGUUCCACUGGUUGACUGCUCCGCACAACAAAAGGCUGCUAGGCAACAGAGAAUUGUUUUAGAAAGGUUAUGUUUCCUCCCUGACCACCUUAAUGCGUAAUGUCGCCCCCGAGCUCGCGUAGCCCAUCGCUACUUUUCACAUUUUCAAGCGACAGCUGGCAAUAGCUGACAUUAGCUGGCAUACGCUUCACGCUAUUCGGUCAGGGAAAAACCUACCAAGCAGCAAUCUGACCUUUAUAAAGUCAUUGUCUUCAAACAAGUUUGGAGCAGCCAUGGAUUUGGCGAUGCUUCAAGCCAUGGCGGCAGAAAUGAUGGCGGAAGAUCCAGCCUUGGCCGCCUCCAUGCAAGACAGCCCUCCGGGCGAAAAGUCCAAGAACGGCCCUUCGUCUCUCAGCCGAAACCGACUAGCUCGGGAACGAGAGAAAGCGAGAGAAAAAGAGAGGCCGGCUCCGGCUUCUCGGUCCAGAGGAAACUCCCCUCUGCAUCUCCGGAUACCCAACGACAAUGCAGCAGGCUCGGAAGUAACCGAUUCGUCUCCCGCUCCCGCUCCCGCGCCCAUGUUUCCGUCUAAAGCGCCUGCGAUGGAGAAGCGGCUUCCGACGCCGGAGAAAGGGUCACGUGGCACGUUCGCCGAUAUGAUCGCGGCGCGGAAGGCGGAGAAAGGGGGGAGCGGCGGCGGAAGCGCAAUCUCCGAGAUGAUCGCCGCGCGGCAGCAGAGCGCGAAAGCCGCGGAGAUACCGGGAGAAGAUCCCGAAAAAGCGGCCGCGAAAGCAGCGGCUGAAGCGAACCGACUCGCGAUUUUUAACUCCAUCCGGUCGACCACCCAGCUGUCUCAAUCCCCGUUAAAGGCCGACGACCGGAAUGGCAUCGACCGCAGCAGCAACCUCGGCGGGGAGUCGCGUCUGAGCGGACCCGAGAAGCGGAGCAGCUUAUCCUCGGUCACUUCCAAUGCUGAGGCCGAGGCAGCAGCCGCGGCUGCCGCCGCCGCAGCGUUCGCCGCCGCUGCAGCAGCAUCCACGCCGGGAGCACCCGGGGGAGGGUAUUCUAGGGACGGUCCAUCUCCGCCCGUGUCGAUCCGACGGCCGCCGUCGCGCGGAGCGCUGAGCUUUACGAGCAGCGAUGGGGAGCCGAGCGCGCAGGUCAUGCCGUGGGGGGGAAGCCCUGCGCCCCGCCUGGGGGGCGGGGGGGCGGAGCGGGGGGGCGGGGGGUUCCCAGUGACUUUGGACAGCCCCGGGGGAAGGAGCGUGGCGAGUGAGAUGAUGACGUUGGAUGGUGAUGACGUGGCGGGUGGGGGGCCGGUGGUGGCGGCGCUACAGGCGGCUCACGCGCGGAGGAAGCAGAGCGACAGGAGCUACUUUCAAAAGGCCGAGGAGAUGUACUCGUUACAGGUAGCAGUCGCUCUUCGCCUGAUAGAAGACGCGGAGAUGGCAGAGGAGACGGAGAUGGCGCCCCCCCAGGCCAAUCCGAACGACAUGCUCUGGGCCAGCCCGCUCAUGCCACGUAGCCAGGCCGAGGCUACAGCGUACCGCUUCUGGGUGAACGGGUGUUUGAGCUACGAGGAUCGUAUCGAGGAUGGGUUCUACGACAUCUGGGGCAUGCAGCCGUACGUCUACUCGCUCUGCGUUGACUCCUCCCACCGCGGGCGCAUGCCGCCCCUGGACUCGCUGCGCGCGCUGCACCCAAGCGAGGCGUCCUUUGACGUGGCUCUGAUCAACCGCACCAUCGAUGCGGAGCUCAAGGACCUGGAGGACGAGGCGGUGAACCUGGCGUAUGCCGCCACCGAGGUGCAGACACUGGCGCAGAAGCUGGGAGUGCUGGUGGCGCACCACAUGGGGGGAGCUGUGAAUUCGGAGCCCAACGAGCUGAUCCCGCGGUUCCGGCAGCGCGGGUGGGAGAUCAAGAGCUACCUCAAGACCAUCGUGCUGCCCAUCGGCCAGCUGCCCGUGGGGAUCUGCCGCCACCGCGCGCUGCUCUUUAAGGUGCUGGCAGACGCUCUGGGCAUGCCGUGCCGCAUCCAGAAGGGGUGUAAGUUCUGUGGCAUGGACGACGGCGCGUCCUGCCUGGUGCUGGCCAGUGAUGAGAGGGAGUAUGUGGUGGAUCUUCUGCAAAGGCCAGGCACCCUUCUCACCAUCGAGCCGUCAGCUGAGUCCGCCACCAGCACUGCCACCAACGCCACCUACAUCGCAUCCCCCCUCCGCUGCCCGGAAAUCAAAUCUCUCGCGCUCACCGACCCUGCGGACGGCACUGUGCCCCAAUGGGUGCCGGACUUCAGAAGGCAGCAGCAGGAGCAGGAUGCCGAAGCAAUGGUUGGCUCCCGGCGAAUCUACGCCGGAGGGCCCAAGGACCCCCGGCAUGUGGCGGUGUCGCCCAGGGGGGAUAGGCGGCGCAAGGACAUCAAGGAGGUGGACGAGGAGGAGGAUAGUGACGAGGAAGAGAAGAAGCCGCAGCCGAAGAAGGGCGGGAAGAAGGGCGGGGGGGAGGAGGAGGAAGGGAAGAAGAAGCCCAAGGCGAAGGCGGAGCCUGCCAAGGAAGAAGCAGAGGACGAAGCAGCGACGGACGCAGGGGUGGAGUUUAUGGACGUGCUGAUGGAUGGCCGCAUCAUGGACAUUGGCGAGGCGGAGAUCGACUGGAACGACAUCGAGAUGGGCGAGCGCGUGGGCGCAGGUUCCUUUGGCACUGUGUACCGAGCCGAAUGGGCUGGCUGUGACGUGGCAGUGAAGGUGCUUAUCAACCAGGACAUGCAGGAGGAGCAGCUGCUGGAGUUCAAGAGAGAGGUGGUCAUCAUGCGGCGCCUGCGCCAUCCCAACAUCGUGCUCUUCAUGGGAGCCGUCACCAAGCCGCCCCACCUCUCCAUCCUCACAGAGUUUCUCAGCAGGGGGAGUCUGUUCCGGCUGCUGCAUCGGCCGGGAGCCAAGGAGACUCUCAAGGAGGAGCGGCGCAUUCGCAUGGCCAUGGACAUUGCGCGCGGCAUCAACUACCUGCACCACUGCACGCCCAUGAUCGUGCAUCGGGAUCUCAAGACGCCCAACUUGCUUGUGGACAAGAAUUUUACUGUGAAGGUCUGCGAUUUCGGCCUGUCUCGGAACAAGAACAGCACUUUCCUCUCCUCCAAAUCGGGUGCUGGCACGCCCGAGUGGAUGGCCCCUGAGGUGCUCAGAAACGAGCCGUCCAACGAGAAGUCGGACGUGUACAGCUUUGGAGUUAUCCUGUGGGAGCUGGUGACGCUGCUGCAGCCGUGGGACGGCAUGAACCCCAUGCAGGUGGUGGGAGCAGUGGGCUUCCAGAAUCAGCGGCUCACCGUCCCACCCGACCUCGACCCUGCUCUCUCCACGCUCAUCCUCGACUGCUGGCACAAUGACCCCAAGGACCGUCCGAAGUUUGACGAUAUUAUGGUUAGGCUGAAGCCGAUUGCUCAAAAGGCAGCGGGGGGGAAGAAUGUGUGCGGCAAUGCUCCUGCAGCUUCUUGAGUACGCUUGGGAGGGAGGGGGGGGGAGUCAAAUCAAGUAUGCCAUAGUAUUGUAGGCUUGUAUUGCGUUAUGAAAAGCAGGUCGCUAUGGGUUUAUGACGAGCAACUAAGCUGCUUGAGCGCUUUGCUGCCUGUCUAUGGAGUUACUACAACUUAGUUAUGAAAGGGACCACACUAAGAGCUUCAAAGGAGACUCUUGUUCUCAGUAGUGAAUAAUUUGUCUCCAUUUACGUUUUAUGUGGUUCGUCUAUUUUGAACUCAAGUCCUGUGCAGUAUAUAUAUUUAUUCUGG